AGGACAAGUUCGAAAAUAUUGACGACAACAUUGAAUAGAUGUGUACAAAGAUGAGAUAUUAGACCAUCUCAAGAAACUUUGGAUCAACUGGCGUGGAGACUUGCACCGGCAUUUUGUGAAACCCAACAAGACUAUGCAGGAAGCUAUGAAAAAGGUACCUAAAGAUAUUCCAAAGGAUGACUGGGAAUGGCUUGUCAAGGAGCAUUUUUUCAGCAGGGAGUUUCUGAAAAAGAGCAAGAGAAACACCCAAAACAGAGCUAACCUCAAAAUGCUUCACCGAUCUGGCAGUAAACCCUUUAGACAGAUAAUUUGGGACAUGGGAGGAAAGGAAAACAAGCCACCGAGUAUGGAUAAACUAUUUUCAGAGACACACAAGAAGGGUACAGACUUCCCUGAUUCUACAACCUCCGCCAAACAUGCAAAAAUUAAGACCAUAGUUCAGUUGAAUCCUGGUCUUUCAAAUGAUGAAGUCAUGCAGAAAUGUGACACAUCUAAGCGGCGUGAUCGCGUAGUUGGAUUUGGUGGUGGAAUUAGAGCAAGAGAUUUGCGAGGACCAGCAUUAAGUAAGGCUGAAUCAAUUUCUCAACUUCAAGCUUCUGAGCAAGCGAAACAAGUACUCGAAGAAAAGGUCAAUGGCAUGGCGCAAGAAGUAUCAGAAAUUAAGCAUCUUCUAUCUGGUAGAUCUCUAACUGAUAGUUCUCAUGAACGCCAACAUGAUCAAGACUGA